AUGAAAAAAGAAAAAAAUUGUUAUUAUAUAACUCCAAAAGGAAGACAAAAAUGUUUCAAAAAUAUUAAAUUGAUAACUUUUGAUCUUGAUCAUACAAUAUGGAAUAUUGAGGCUUUAUUGAAUUAUGCAGAUAAUGAAUGCUAUAAAUAUAUGCGAAAAAAUUAUAAGAGAUUAUAUGACUAUUUAUUGAAAGAAUAUGAAUUAUCUAUUACAAAAUUAGUAAAACAAUUAUUGGAGAAAAAUCAUGAUUUUACUAAAGAUGGAGUUCAAAUUCUCACUAGAAUUAGAAUUGAUGCCUUAAAAUAUCUUGCUAAACAAACUAAUUAUGAUGAAAUCAAAUUUGCUUCGGAAAUACAGCAGUUAUGGAAUAAAAAAAAAAAUGACGUUCAUUUAUUUAUAAGUCCGGGAACAUUGGAAUAUUUACGAGAAUUAAAAAAUAGGGGGUACAUUUUGGGUGCAAUUACAAAUGGUGACUCUGAUGUUAACGGGAUAAAAUUUCUAAAUGAAAUAUUUUCUUUUGUUAUUAGGUCAAUGGAUUAUAAUUGCGCUAAACCAAGUAUUGAAAUAUUUAAUGUGGCUGAAAAUUUACUUAAAGAAAGAAAUAUAAAAUUCGAUGUUGAAGAGUGGUUACACGUAGGUGAUGAUGUUUGUACAGAUGUAAUGGGUGCUAAAAAUAAAAAUAUUAAUUGCGCUUGGAUAACAACAUUUAGAGAUGGAAGAGAAGUUUCAGAGAAUGAGUGGUAUUCAUAUCUAAAAUUAAAACUUGAAAAAAAUAAUGAAUCAACAUUAACUGAAUAUGAUCCAUAUGCAGAUGGGUUAUUUUCUAGAUUUAAAAAAAAAGAUAUAAUUUUACCUUAUGACUAUAUAGAUAUUGAAAUACGUCAUUGUCGUGAUUUAGACAAAAUAUUGCUAUGA